ACUCACCUAACCCUCCCCCUCACCAAAAAGCAGUGAACAAAACACAAAUAAAUAAAUGUCCACAUAGCAUACAUAAAAGGAAGAAAAUAUAAUAUUUCAACUAGAUUUUAUUCAAAUAAUAUAUAAAUAAUUAAUUUUGUUUUAAAUCCACACACCGAGAAUUGAUAGGUUUUUGGCAAUGACCUACAUUACAAACGCCUCGUUUUUCAGCGAUUCACUGUUUGUUUUGUUUGUUGUUGUUUUUUGUUGUUGCUGUAUUUUGUCAUAUACUAGAUCCGUUAUGCAGUCCAGACAUUCUUUGUGCAAUGCUUCAUCGUCUGAAAAAAUAUGACCACUUUUCGUACAGAGGUGGACAAGUAAUUUUAUACGACCAGUGGCUUCUAAUCGCACUACUGAAUAGCUGUUUAAAGCGAGACUCUAGGGUGUAUAGUGACGACGCGACCCCUAGGGGGGAGAUAAUUUCUGGGUGUUCGCCAUUACCCACCCACCACCCCACCUGGGGGGGGGGGGGACUGAUCGAAACUUAUGGAACCUUGUUGGAGUACCGAAUCGCGUACACCGGGUCACGGGCGACCGUGACCUUGGUGUACGGCGACUGAGUACAGAAGAAGGGACAAUGGAGAAAGAGGAGACGUGCGUCAGGGGCGACGCAGGGGUGGGGGAGGGGAGGGGGCAACACCGGUGGCUAAACUGCCGGCAGCGGCUCCUUCUGUUUUGUCGCCCAACGCCGCCCACCCGAGGAAGAAGACUGGAUCGGAAGAGACGCCAGCCUCGGAUGCUCCAGCUUCACCCACAAUGGACCAGGACGACUUGAAAGCCAUCUGUGACCCGCCGUACCAGCGACCAACUCCACCGGCACCUACUUCAGGGUUUCCGUCUGUGUCGCCGAUUUUACAGGCGACACCCGUUCAGACGCAGGCCCGGAAGACAGCUGUUGUGAAGCGGAAGGCAACCACUCCCCCGAGUGGCCACCAAGCCAAACCAAGCCAACCGUCACAGCCGCCGAAAUCAGACAUUGAACACGUUGAGCAGUGGUCACUGCAGGCCGGCCGUCUCCAACAGCGCUACGCUCAACUUGUCAAGCUGAACUUAGAGGACGUCCGCAAACUCAUCAGCAUGCCCAAGCACGAGGCCUACCAGCACUUACCAACGAGCCGUGCUGAGGGGGAUUUUGCUUUUCACCGCGUCAAGCUGCAGGAGGGACGAAACGCAGUGUGCGUCACCAUCCGCCGGACCGGAUUUUAUCACCAAGGCCUACUACUUCAAGAGAUGCACAACCCGACUUUACACCGCGUCUUGAAGACCAUCUCGGGGAAAGACUACCGUCCCAUCGUCACAACUUUAGCGGCCUCCACGUACCCGCAACUUGACGUCACAGACUUCAUCGGCACACCUUAGGCGGCGCCCACCUACCAAACUCCUUCACCUCCUGGCCUGCACGUGAUUCCUGAUUGGCAGGUGUAUAUUGCAGGGUAUCGACCAG